AUGGUACUGCAUCCGCUGCUGCGCCAACGCGCUGCUGCCACCGGCGCCGCAGUGCUUAUAGCUGGCGGUUUUGCUGCGUAUCCGGGACGAACGCUCUAUGCGGAAGCUCCUCCGUCUUCGUUCUCACCGGUCUUGCAGCGUCAGCGUAAGCCAAUCUACGACGACAACAACGACAGCACACCAGCCGAAGUCCAAAAACCGCUCCCGACCACCCCGGCUCUCUCCUCCAAUGUUCCCCCAACGACUUCAGACCCGUCCGACCACCAAUCUCCCACAGAUCAGUUGGCGAACCAGAUCCGCCAGGCCCGACUUUUUCUCUACGAUCACUCUCUCUCUGCCGAAAACGCCUUCAACAAUGCCCUCUCCCGCGCCUUGAACGCUGAAUCGAGAUUCACCAGCACCAUAGCGUCACUUGCACCGUCUCGCGAGUCUGGUGAGCGUCUUCUUCCCGGAAGUAUCUACGUGAUUGUGACAGCAAUGGCGGGGUCUAUUGUUUCUCGAAACCGUGGCGUUUUCUUACGGACUACGACGCCUCUGGUGGCAGGCACUGUCGCUGCGUGGACGCUACUGCCAGUCACCAUGCGUAAUAUUUCUGAUUUGGUAUGGGAAUAUGAGAAGAAAUUUCCUGCUCUGGCGGAGCAACAUGUAAAAAUCCGGACUAUUACGGAAGAGUCCUGGCGACGGGCCGUCGCCCACAGCGGUUAUGGGAGGAUCUGGCUGGAGGGAAAGAUUGGGGAAGGGCGUGAAACGUUGGAGGAGUGGAUUAGCAAGGGGAAAUAA